AUGUCCGCCCUGGUGGACACUUUCGGGGUACUCGGCAGCUGCAUGGGCUGCAUGGUGGCAGUAGAAGGAAUCGCCAAAGAAGAACCCAGCGCCAUGAACUUGAUGACGUUCGCCAACUUUUUCUUCAUCUCCCUCGUUGGCCUCGUCACGACCAAGAAAUUUUUCACCGUUAGGAAUCAAAUCCCGCUGAGUGGAUAUUUUUGGGUUGUUGCCACGUUCUUCGUUGUCAACGUCGUCAACAAUCAAGCGUUAAACUACCAUGUGCCCGUCCCGCUUCAUAUUAUUUUCCGUUCGGGUUCCCUGCUGGCUAGUUUGCUGUUGGAGGUGGUGUGGAGAAAGAAGCGAUACGCGACGCGAAAGUAUUUGUCGGUUUUCGCCAUCACCAUCGGAAUCAUCGUUUGCACAUUGGCGACCAGUUCGAAAGGCUCUGAAGGUCUGUCGUCCGAGCAAAUCGCCAAGCACUAUGUGGAGUGGUCGAUCGGCAUUGGGAUGCUGGUAUUUGCCCUAUUCGCGUCUGCCUUCCUUGCCAUUAAACAACAACAAAUGUACGGAAUCUACGGGAAGCACGUGGACGAGGCCAUGUUCGUAACGCACUUCUACUCGCUGCCCUUCUUCGCAUUCAUGUGGUCCGACAUCCUAAAAGCAGUCGACAUCUUCAACGGAAGCGCUCCGUUUUCGGCGGCUGGGAUUCAACUUCCGUUCCCAAAGCUAUGGGUGAUGCUCGCCAUCACGUGUCUCUUACAGUAUCUAUGCAUUCGCUAUGUAUACAAAUUGAAUGCCAGCGUAGAAGCGCUUACCGUGACGCUGGUGGUCACGCUCAGGAAAUUUUUGUCAUUGAUUGUGUCGAUCAUUGUUUAUCAGAAUCCAUUUACCACGAUGCAUUGGGUCGGCACGGCGCUGGUUUUUGGCGGCACAAUGUUCUUCGAUGAUGCCAUUUUCAAGAAGUCGGCUGAUGAGGGCCAGAAAAAGAAGAAGCAA